UCUCUGGGACCCGUCCGCGCUGGCCAUCAGCUUGAUCUGAAGGCGCUGCAAGACUACCUGCAAGCUCAGCUUCCGGAGCUGUUCCGCGGUGCUCCCACCAGCCAGGGCCGCAUCGAUCGUCUGGUCCUGCGCAAGAAGCCACCUGGAAAGCUCCUAGCAUCGGCCCAUGCGGUCGAGCGCGAGUACGCUGUCAUGGCUGCUUUGUCGCCCACGGGCUUUCCAGUCCCUCGUGCGGUGCACUUAUGCCAGACCGAGAAACCGCUCGGCACGCCUUUCUAUCUUAUGGAGUGCGUGGAAGGUCGGAUUUUUUUGGAUCCAAACUUGCCAGAGCUGCCGCCGCAUCAGCGCACGGAGAUCUACCGCCACAUGGCGCAGGUAGAGGGGUGGGUCCAGGUUCUGGCCUCUCUCCACUCCAAGGACCCCGGCGCCCUGGGCCUUGCCUCAUUUGGCAACCCCGACCGCUACUGCUCCCGCCAACUCCGCCGAUGGGGCGACCAAUACACAGCCUCCGUCCCCUCCCCCACCCCGGGGGUCACCCGCCUGGUGGACUGGCUGACACGACACGUACCCGAGACCGACGCGUCGUCAUCAUCUGCGCAAAACACGACACGCCCGGCGAUAGUGCACGGGGAAUUCCGACUGGACAACAUUGUGUUCGGCAGCGCAACGACGCCGAAGGCGGCCUCGGGCAGCCUUAGUAGCAGUAGCAGUGGUGGUUUCUUGGGCUGUAGCCCGCGGGCUGCCGCUCUCCGUGAGCGGUUGGAGGAGUUUAUGAGGGACCACGUGUACCCGGCGGAGGAGGUGUUGGAGGCUCACGCCAUGGGGCCGCAGGCAACCCGGUGGACCAUCCACCCGCUGCUGGAGGAGCUGAAGAAGAAGGCAAAAAGGGCCCCCCCUUGA